CGCGAGCCAACCAUGGCCAGCUGAGACUCAACUCAAGAAGCGAAUCUCGAUUGUUUUUGCUGUUCCUGUCAGCCACGGUACGCUCGAUUUCAAACGGGCUUUUAUUAGAAAUCUCACGAGAACUCAUUAAGGCGUUGCUCUGGUCGCGUCGCUUGCGGUUUUACCUCCUAAUUGAAUUAUUUACUGAUCGACGUAACGGUUUUGUGUGUUUGCACUAGUUUUCGUUUUUCGUUCAUUGGUUCCUGGCGCUCGGCAGGCCGCAGUACAAUGCGAGAAGGCGAUUUGUUGUGGUAAUUUUCGCCGCCCCUCUGCCCUUGCGGACCGGUCGAGGCCAUGAAGGGCUGGUUCGACGCGUUUCGCUUCGAUGGAGGACCCACCCUGUACAACUUCAGCAAUCGCACCGCCGUCACCGGAGAUGUGACUGUGAUCACUUUUCUGGUCAUUUUUGCCACUCUCUAUGUGGCCUUUUUGAUCAUUUUUCCCGGCAUACGCAAGGAGAGAUUUACAACUUUUUGCGCCGUGACGCUUUCGCUGCUGGUGGGCGCCACUAUUCUGGUUUCGCUCUUUGGAUCCUGCUGGCAUAUAUCGGAGACGCCCAUUGUGAGCAACUAUCGCGCCUUCUCCAAUGAGAAAAUCUCCGCCCAUCUGGGGGCCUACAUCGGCCUGAAGCACAUUAAUAUCACCCUUCAAGCCGUUUCCAGCAACAGUUCGCUGGACAUCGACUACAACGAACGCUUCAACUGGAUCGACUCCAGCCAGAUGGGGGAGAGUUUCAAAAAGGCGCUGAUCCGCGGCCUGCCGUUCCCGAUUCUGACGGUGGCCGAGCAUUUUACGGUCGGCCAGGACGGCUUGGCCUGGGGCGGCCAGUAUCGCGCCGCCGGCUACUUUGCCAUCAUCAUGCUGUGGACUUCGUUUGCCACCUGGCUGCUGAUGAACCUCAUGCUCAUUGUGGUGCCCCGCUACGGCGCCUUGCUGAUGACGGCCUGCGGCUUCCUGCUGCUGGCUACCAUUUGCGGAUACUUCGGAAUGCUGCCCGAGACUCCUCUAGUCAUUCACAUCGAGGGCACUGCCUUGCACUUUCGCUUCGGAUGGUGCUUUUGGCUGGUGCUGAUCUGCGGUGCGGUCUGUCUAACAGUCGGCGUGAUCAUCACCACGGUGGAAAUAGUGAAUCCGCACAGUUUCUCGACGAUCCUGGAAGUCGAUUAUGACACGCCAUAUGAUCGUCACGUAAUUAUCGAGGACAGUCGAGGGAGAAAGUUUCAGAAGAGGAAAACGAGCAGGCUUGAGGAACCAGCGAGCAUCGGCCACAUGAUUCUAAAAAGACUGUCGUCGAAGCAGAAGGAGGACAAGCCAGAGUCCUCCACAGGCAGCGGCAGCGUCAUGCCGAAGUCCAAUUUUCAUCUGUCUCCGGCCUCUUGGCGGUUUUCCACGCGCGACGAUGGCUCUGAUGGGGCAUCGGCCAUUUCGACAUUUUCUUUCGAGGAGCCCCCACAGGACGACUCCUUCCGGCACCCCAUCCGUCACCACACGAACCAACCCCCCAUGUGGUAAAGCGGCUCAACAAUCAGUGCAAUCUAUUCUACUUUAUCUCAUAUAAGUGAUCCAGUAUGUGAUAUAUCUAGUACAUAAGCCUAUCAGCGAAUAUUGGCCAUAUUUAUGAACGUAGUUUUACAAAUGUGUGUACAAAAGAGUGUACAGUAUUUAUUAAAUUUAUCGAAAUGAAA